GACCCAAAAUUUUCAAUAUUCAUUUCCCAAAACAUCUUUAAAAAACGCCCUUCACCUCCAAAAAUCAUGACUACACCUCUCAAAUACCCUACACCCACGAGCCUCCCACGAUUUCUCCACGCGAGCUACCCCUUUUACCACAUGGCAGCCUCGAAAUCCCCCCAAAUCCCCCAUAUACCACAUGGAAAUCUAUCUUUUCAACACAAUACAUCUCUGACCAUCUCUGUAUAGAUACUAUCAUGACUUCAAGAUAUGUGAUAGAUAUAGUAGUCAUCGAGGGAAACAGCUGUAUCUAGAAGGGCAUAAAUAGUUUCUGCUGCCCCUUUGGAGAGACCUUUCUUUUGAAGUAUCGAUAUCAAGCAUCUAGAUCUACAAGUCCAAACUAAAUCCACACCAAACAAAACCUCUCAGUUCAAAUCCCACUUUGACACUUCCUCCAAUCUUCUCCUCGAGUACCCAAGCAUAUAAACCAAUCCCAAAAUCUCACCGUCAAGCACCCUGAACCUUCAAAUCCCAUCCCAUCCAAACCUCAGUCUCAACCCCCAACCCUGCACCGAGAACCCCCAAUCCCCCGAUCCGCACCUGAUCCUCCAAAAUGCCAAGUUUCGACAACUCCUCCUCCGAGACCUACGACAUCCCCUCCCAAACCCCCAUCUCCUCGAUGAACUACGACGACUGCGCCGCCGAAAAGCUCCGAAUCGAGCGUCGCAUCGCCUAUCUCCGGCAAGAACAAGCCGCAAACGCCCGAUCCGGCAUGGAAGGAAGCGACGCCGCAAACAGAGACCUAGACCGAAGAAUCACUAGUCUGUACAAUCGAUCCGUCGCGGUGGAUAACCACACAAGGGCGAUGGAUGCGGAGUAUUAUGCGGUGGUUCCGCAGAAUACCGGGUAUGGUUCUGUGGGGAGGCAGAGAUCGUCGCAGUCGCCGCCUGCGCCAAGAGCUCCUAAUACUUCGCCUCAGCGUUAAGUUUUGAGCUCGUCUCUUCUACUUCUACUGCAUCUAACUGUCUCCCAGACAGCAUCGUAGAAGCGCCCAUACCACCGAUCUUUUCGAUUCAAUUUUGGAUACCACAGUCAGGCUGACUACUCAUUUGCGUUGGAUUUAUUUUCCUCUCUCUUUCUCAUUCUCUUACAACAUCUUCUUUUCUCAUCUCAUUCUUUCCUAUUUUUCUCUUGACUAUUUUGGAUUAUUCAAGAACUGGUCAUGACGUAGCGUUGGGCUUAUUUUCCUUUUUCUUUCUCUUUCUCCCACAACAUCUUCUUUUCUUUUUUUCGCCCCCUUUUCGCUUUCCCCCUCUCUCCUUCUCUCCUCCUCUCAACUAUUUUAGAUCAACCAGACUUUUUGAAUAUUAUAUACCGUUGAAUUUCCUAUCUUUUCUUUACCUCUCAUUUUCUUCACAAACCCCCUCAGUCAUAAAUUCAUACACGCGCGCGUUGUAUUUACCUCUUCUUCCCCAGGAAGAUGUAUACAUACAUACAUACAGAUAGAUAGAUAGAUAAAUAGACAAAUACAAUAACCCCUCAUUUCCCCAAAACUAAAAAAAUAAAAUCUAUCCCACCAACCCUUCUCUUCUCCUCAUCUUACUCUUCUCAUCAAUCUGACCCGAGCCAACCUAACCUAACUCGAAUUGACCAACCACUAGACAUACACAUGCA